UUUUGGUUCAUGAUUGGUUGUUCGGUGUGAAAUAUGUAAAUAAGUCAUAUGCAAUGUCGACUGUGCUCACAUACACACAGACACACACACGCCGGCUCGGGGAGCUCGUGCAGGGGGUGUAACCGUACGGAGAGAAUUAAAUGUAAAAAUCAACAGGGGUGACAAAACAGCACUCGUUACUUUCUCUUCUAAAAUGUCUCUCUCUGCCAUCACCUUCUCCUUUCUUCUACGCCGCUCAUUCUCCUCGGUUAGCAGGAGUCCUAGCGUGCGUUCGGGCCGGUGUGUGUGUGCAUGCGGGUCGGCGGUGCCCGGUGUCCGCUGGUACGCCGCUGCUCGUUUGGAUGCGGACGGAAGCGGGCAGCCAGCCACAUGGGACUCGUUUGGGAUUUGGGACAACCGUAUCGAGGCGCCCAUUCUACUGCCACCCAGCAUACGCUACGGUAAACCGAUCCCACGCAUAAGCCUGGACCACGUGGGCUCGGCCUCGCAGAUCGGCCGUCGUCGUGACAAUGAGGAUCGGCUGCGUGUAGCUGAGCUCACACCCUCCACGCUUUACUUUGCUCUGUUUGACGGACAUGGGGGCGCACAAGCGGCUGACUUCUGCUACACACACAUGGAGCGCUACAUUAGGAAGGGUCUGGAGAAAGAGUGGGAUCUAGAACAGGUGUUAACAAAAGCCUUCCUACAGGUAGACGCUGCCCUGGCCUCUGAGAUGCAGAUGUAUGGCAACGCCUCUCUGAUGACAGCGGGCACUACGGCAACAGUGGCUUUGCUAAGAGAUGGGAUAGAGCUGGUGGUCGGGAGUGUCGGGGACAGUCGUGCCAUGCUGUGCAGGAAGGGUGAAGUGUACACACUCACCAGCGACCAUACGCCUGAGAGAAAGGACGAAAAACAAAGAAUACGCAAGUGUGGAGGUUUCGUAACAUGGAACAGUCUCGGUCAAGCGAACGUGAACAGCCGGCUGGCCAUGACACGCAGCAUUGGAGAUUUUGACCUAAAGCAAAGUGGCGUUAUCGCAGAACCCGAGACCACUCACGUUACAGUUCAGCAUUCUGACGACUCGUUUCUGGCCCUGACUACAGAUGGCAUAAACUUCAUCAUGAGCAACCAGGAAAUCUGUGACGUCAUCAGCCAGUGCCACGAUCCCACGGAGGCGGCCCACAUCAUCACCGAGCAGGCUCUGCAGUACGGCUCUGAUGACAACAGCUCGGUCAUCGUGGUUCCUUUUGGAGCAUGGGGAAAGCAGCAGAAUUCCCAGUACAGCUAUUCCAUGAGCCGAAACUUCGCCUGUAGUGGACGCUGGGCCUGAAACCUCACAACCUAUAAAGCUGGAAUGUGUUAUGUAACAUAGUGUAGUUUUAAAGCUACAUAUCAAAGUAUUUUUUUGCAGAUGAUAAUUGACAUCGUUCUUGUGUAUAUUCGAGUAUCAUAUUUUUAUACCCUAUGAUAUUUUCCCCUUGUAUAUAUUUUCGGAAAAAUUUGCUACAUUAGCAAUUUGAAUAUUAUUUUUGUGACAGCUACUAUAGUGGCGAUUUAAAAACCUUUUCAGAUACAUGGCCUUCUUACAGGGUAUAAAUCCUCUGAAUCAUGAGCUCCACUGAUCCAGUAAACACAGUCCUUAUCUAAACAAAUGGAGAAAUAUAAUAAACAAUGAGAAUGUGAAUA